AUGUUCCCCCGAAACCUCCUCAGCUUCAUGCUUGGUGCCGUCGCCACCGGGACCGCAUUGGCAAUAUCACCAACCGUAGCUUCUACUGCACGGUCUGUACCACUUGAUCUAUCGCCAUAUUACAACAACAAGGCGUUCGGCACAUACCCAGGCGAGACCUCAUUCGACGGACUGGGUCAAUGCUACCCAGCCCCAAACCUGACCACGCCCUUCUACACAUCAAGCCAGACGGGAAUCCUGUACUCAUUCCCGGGAUACACGGGCCUCAACAAGACAGACAACGUCGUCUGCAGCAGCCAGACCAUCACCGUGUCCAAUGACUCCUACUUCUCCGCCUCGUUCCUGACAUCAGGAGACAAGGAGCUCCAUACGAUAAGCGAGAAUGUGACCUUCACGUAUACAGACAACAGCACUUCUCUCUACGAGCUGCGGACUCAGGACUGGUUCAGCUUCCUGACUCUUUACCGCGGCGAGCUGAUCUUCCCGAGCCGGUUCACGGCCACGGGUGUGGACUAUAACACGAGUCACAUCUUUGAGCGGACUGCGGCUCUCAUUCCGGGCAAGAUACUUCGCUCCAUCACCUUACCGAACACGACAGAUGCUUCUGAGGGCAGGCUGCAUAUCUUUUCCUUCUCGCUGUGGAGCGGUUCGUCCGCAGAGGUGCAGUCUGUUCGCCCGACGCAGAAGUGGCUCGAAGCGGGUGUGCAAGCCGUGGAGGUCACGGUGAAUAACGCAGGCUCGGAGUGUGUCUCUGGAAGUGGGUUGGUCUUCUCACUCGUCGGGGAGGGUUUCAAUACGACAAAGACUGGGAGCCUGAAACGGCUGUGCCCGGGUGAUCAGAAGACCGUGGCCAUCGGCGUCGAGGGGUCCACGAACGGGUCUGCGAACGUAUCUGUGAUCAUCGAUGAUGGUGUCAGGCAGCGAACAGCUCCAGUUGAAGGCGUUGAGAUUGGAUUCAUCGAGUGGACGACCGAGCUGGAUGACCUGGCAAAGCACGAGACUCCUGACUGGUUCAACGACGCCAAGUACGGCAUCUUCAUCCAUUGGGGUCCCUACGCCGUGGCUGGCUGGGGUAAUUCCACCCCGUAUGAGAGCUACGCUGAAUGGUUCUGGUGGUACUCGACGCAUCACCCCCAAGCCGAUCCCUCAGACUUUUACGACUACCGUCUCCGCACCUACGGCGAAGACUGGGCCUACGACGACACGUUCCCCGACUUCACCGCGUCCGCUUUCGACCCCAAGGAGUGGGUUGAUCUCUUCGCCGACGCAGGCGCCACGUACUUCGUCAUCACGUCCAAACACCACGACGGCUUCGCGCUCUUCGACACGGGCGAGACGAGUAACCGCUCGGCGCUGCACUAUGGCCCGCGGCGCGACCUGCUCGGCGAGCUGUUCGACGCCGCGGCGACGUACCAGCCGGACCUGAAGCGGGGGGCCUACUUCUCGCUGCCGGAAUGGUACAACCCGGACUUCGGCCCCUACGGCUUCGACCAAUUCAACUCGUCGUCCGUGCCGGCUACCAACUCGUGGCCUGGGGUCCUGGCCAAGAACCCGUAUACGGGCGUCGAGGAGCCGUAUACGGGCCAUGUACCUGUGGUCGACUUUUUGGAGAACCUGAUGCUGCCGCAGAUGGAGACGCUGGCUUAUGAAUACGACAUUGACAUUAUGUGGUGCGACAUUGGUGGGCCGAACAUCACCGCCCCCUUCGCAGCCCGCUGGUGGAACGAAACACGCGCCAAAGACCGCCAAGUGGCCAUAAACUCACGCUGCGGUCUCGCGCAAGCCGCCGACUUCGACACGCCCGAGUACGCGACCUUCAGCUCGGCGCAGGCGCGCAAGUGGGAGAGCAACCGCGGCAUGGACCCUUACAGCUACGGCUACAAUUCGGCGACGCGCGCCAAAGAGUACAUGAACGCCAGCACGUUGAUUUAUUCGCUCGUCGAUAUCGUGUCCAAGAACGGGAAUUUCUUGUUGGAUAUCGGCCCCCGUGCCGACGGCAGUAUCGUCCAGGCCGAGGCGGAUAAUCUGCGCGACGCGGGACUCUGGAUCAAGGAUCAUGGAGAGGCUAUUUUCGGGACGAAUUAUUGGUUUGUGCAGAGUGAGAUCGUGGGCGGGCCGGAUGUCAGAUUCACGCAGACCGAUGGGGCGUUCUAUGCGCUGUUUCUGGAACGGCCGGUGGUGGAGGAUGGGGUGGUGAGCAUUGCGGCGCCGGUGCCGAUUCUGGACGGGGACGAGGUGAGCUUGGUGGCGAUCGAGGGUGGUGAGGACUUGAGCUGGAGUGUCAGUGGUAAGGGAACCGAGAUGAUGCUGCAAGUUGAGGUUCACGAGGGGGUCCUGGACAAGGCUGAGUUCUGCUGGGUGUUCAAGAUCAAAUAUGCGUGA